CACCAGACAUAGGGGAGGGAAAAAAGCGAAGUGAUCCAUUGAACCAAAAGUCUUUGCCCUCUCUUAAUUACGUAGUGGCCCAUAUCUUUUCUCUUUUUUUUCCACUUAAAAAAAAAAAAAAAUUCUUCUGUACUUGAAGACCUCUGGUUAUUGGUAAUUAGCUUGAGGAGAAUAAAACCAGCCGAUUGUGAGAGGGGUGGUGCAUUGUGGAGCGAGAUGGCUAACAGAAUGGUUCUAUCACUCCUUCAUGGUCUCUUCUACCUAUCUCUGAUUCAGCCCUCUCUUCAAGGAGGUGUGUAUGUGCCGGCUGGUGCUGGAGUCAGACCAGGAGCAGGAGGAUCUGGACCAGGUGCUGGUCUCUACCCAGGAGCUGGUGGGAUACCCGCAGGAGCAGGCUACAAACCAGCUAAAACUGGUGCUGGAGGAUAUGGAGGACGGGGUGGUGUUGGUGCUGGAGGUCUGGUCCCUGGUGGCGGGGCUGGAGGCAUAGGAGCAGGAGGCCUCGGAGGAGGAGGAGUCGGUGGAAAGGGCCCCAAACCUGGUUAUGGAAACCUUGGUGCUGGUGGUGUUGGGGGUGGUGGUCUUGGUGGUGGAGGAUAUGGAGCUGGUCCUGGAGCCACCGGUCUAGGAACAGGAAGCUUUGGAGGAGGAGGAGGAUACGCUAAGCCUGGAGCUGGUUAUGGAGGAGGCUCGCCGUAUGGAGGCUCGCCGUAUGGAGGUGGUGGUGCUGGGAGCUUCUUCCCUGGAGGUGGUCUGGGACAGAAGGCAGGACCCAAGCCAGGCUAUGGGGCAGGAGCUGGACUACAACCAGGCUAUGGUGCAGGUGGACUACAGCCAGGCUAUGGCGGUGGUGGAUUACAGCCAGGUUUAGGGGGACCUGGAGGCGCAGGAACAGGAGCUGCGGUGCCUGCAGGAGCCCCUGUUAUUCCUCAGACUGGACUACCUGGAGGUGGGCUGGGACCUGGUGCCGGAAAAGGAAAGGCUCCAAAAGGAGGAGUGCCAGGUGUGGGGGUGCCUGGACUUUACCAAGGUGGCCAGGUGCCAGGACAAGGGUUUGGUGGUCGUGGAGUGCUGCCUGGUGUGGCCACUGGGAACGGACUCAAUCCCAAAUCAUUGCCAGGUGGAGGACAACAGGGACCAGGAGGCUCAGGUCGUGUUGGUUACGGAGGACCAAUGCAGCCAGGAGUAUUCCAUGGAUACCCACUCAAAACUCCCAAAACACAAGGUGGCUAUGGAGCGAAAGCUGGAGGAGCUGGAGGCAAACUUCCAUUUGGAUACGGGGGCUUUGGUGGUGGUGGUGGAGCAGGCCUUCCUGGGGGAAAAGGAGGUCCUGGAUCCAAGCCUGGAUACCCCAUUGGAACUGGUGUGGGGACAGGAGGUCUUAACCCGGCUCAGGCUCAAGCUAAAGCUGCUAAAUAUGGUGCUGGUUUGGGUGGUGUGCCUGGUGCUGGUGGAGCCUACCCUGGAGCGGGAGGAGCUUACCCUGGAGGCUAUAAUCCUGCUGCAGCCAAAGCUGCUAAAUAUGGAGUCCCAGGAGGUGCAGGGGGCGUCCCAGGUCUUGGAUCAGUAGCAGGAGGAGCAGGAGGAGUACCUGGAGGGGUACCCGGAGGAACUGGAGGAUAUAACCCUGCUGCGGCCAAAGCUGCUAAAUAUGGAGUUCCAGGGGGUGCAGGAGCAGGCCUAGGAGCUGGAGGACUUGGAGGAGUACCAGGAGGGGUACUAGGAGCUGGAGGACUUGGAGGAGUACCAGGAGGGGGAGGUGUACCUGGGGCUGGAGGUGUGGGGACAGGAGGUCUUAACCCGGCUCAGGCUCAAGCUAAAGCUGCUAAAUAUGGUGCUGGUUUGGGUGGUGUGCCUGGUGCAGGUGGAGCCUACCCUGGAGCGGGGGGAGCUUACCCUGGAGGCUAUAAUCCUGCUGCAGCCAAAGCUGCUAAAUAUGGAGUCCCAGGAGGUGCAGGGGGCGUCCCAGGUCUUGGAUCAGUAGCAGGAGGAGCAGGAGGAGUACCUGGAGGGGUACCCGGAGGAACUGGAGGAUAUAACCCUGCUGCGGCCAAAGCUGCUAAAUAUGGAGUUCCAGGGGGUGCAGGAGCAGGCCUAGGAGCUGGAGGACUUGGAGGAGUACCAGGAGGGGUACUAGGAGCUGGAGGACUUGGAGGGGGAGGUGUACCUGGGGCUGGAGGAUUUAAUCCCGCAGCGGCCAAAGCAGCUAAAUAUGGACUCCCUGGAGGAGGUGCAGGCGGUCUUCCAGGUGCUGGAUCAGUUGCAGGAGGAGUAGGAGGAGUACCAGGAGCUGGGGCUGGAGGAUAUGAUCCUGCUGCGGCCAAAGCCGCUAAAUAUGCAGUUCCAGGAGGAGCAGGCGCAGGGUUAGGGGGAGCUGGAGGCUAUGGAGCGGGAGCCAGGCCUCCCUAUUAUGGUGUUCCAGGGAGUGCUGGAUUUGGGGGAGCAGGGACUUUUCCAGGGGCUGGAGGAUACAACCCUGCCACCAAAGCUGCUAAAUAUGGAGUACCAGGAGGUGCAGGAGCAGGCCUAGGAGCUGGAGGACUUGGAGGAGCAGGAGGAGGGGUACCAGGGGCUGGGGGUGGAGGAUACAAUCCUGCUGCCGCUGCCAAAGCUGCUAAGUACGGGGUCCCAGGAGGUGCAGGGGCAGGCCUAGGAGCUGGAGGUCUUGGAGGAACAGGAGGGGUACCAGCAGGAGGAGCUGGGGCUGGAGGGUAUAAUCCUGCUGCUGCCAAAGCUGCUAAAUAUGGAGUCCCCGGAGGUGCAGGAGCAGGAGGAGUACCUGGAGGAGGAGCAGGAGGAGUACCUGGAGGAGGAGCAGGAGGUGCAGGAGCAGGUCUAGGAGCUGGAGGACUUGGAGGAGGGGGGGGUGUACCUUGGGCUGGAGGAUAUAAUCCCGCUGCAGCCAAAGCUGCGAAAUAUGGAGUUCAAGGAGGUGUAGGAACAGGCCUGGGAGCAGGAGGACUUGGAGGAGCAGGAGGAAUACAGGGAGUACCUGGAGGAGGAGCAGGGGUUGUCCCUGGGGCUGGAGGAUAUAAUCCUGCUGCAGCCAAAGCUGCUAAAUAUGGUCAGGGGGCUGCUGGUGGGCCAGGGGGUGGAUAUGGGGGUGUGCCUGCUGGAGGAUAUCCCAGGCCUGGGAGCUAUGGGGGAUAUGGAGGGGCAGCAGGAGGGGCAGGAGCUGGAGGAUAUAAUCCUGCUGCGGCCAAAGCUGCUAAAUAUGGAGCUGGAGUAGCCGGCCUAGGAGGAGCAGGAGGAGGGCCAGGGACUGGGGCUGGACCAGGAUAUGGAGGCUAUGGAGGAUAUGGAGGGGUACCAGCAGGAGGGGCUGCCGCUGCUGCCAAAGCUGCUAAAUAUGGAGUUCCAGGAGGAGCUGGCGUGGCCGGGAGAGCAGGAGGAGUACCCGGGGCUGGAUAUGGAGGACAUAAUCCUGCUGCGGCCAAAGCUGCUAAAUAUGGAGUUCCAGGAGGUGCAGGAGCAGGCCUAGGAGCUGGAGGACUUGGAGGAGCAGGAGGAGGGGUACCAGGGGCUGGAGGACUUGGAGGAGCAGGAGGAGGGGUACCGGGGGCUGGAGGAUAUAACCCUGCUGCGGCCAAAGCUGCUAAAUAUGGAGUCCCUGGAGGUGCAGGAGCAGGAAUAGGAGCAGGAGGAUUACCAGGAGGAGGAGGGGGGGGUGUAACUGGGGCUGGUGGAUAUAAUCCCGCUGCAGCCAAAGCUGCUAAAUAUGGAGUCCCAGGAGGUGUAGGAACAGGCUUAGGAGCAGGAGGAGUACAGGGUGGAGUAGGAGCUGGAGGAUAUGAUCCCGCGGCCAAAGCUGCUAAAUAUGGUAAGCCAAACGGGGUGGGCAUCGGUGGAGAAGGUGUGCCAGCGCCAGCAGCGACUCCAAGUCCAGGUGUGGGCGUGGGUGGUGGUGUUGGAGGAACUGCCAUUGAGCGCACUGACUUACCAGUGGGCACAGGGAUACCUAUCGCAGGCAAACCAGAUCCCACACCUAUUGGCACACAGGCCACAGAGGCCCCAGAGCCAGAGCCCAGUGCCACAGGAUUACCAGGAGUUGGUGCUGGGGUUCUUCAACCUAGUGCUGGUACAGGCCCAGCUCAGCCUGGUGUGGGUGUCGGAGCAGGUGGCAAAGCUCCUAAACCGCCUGGUGCAGGGGGAUACCCAUAUGGUGGUUAUGGACAGGCAGGACGACUCCCGUAUGGUCAUGGACAGGGUGCAGGUGGAUAUCCCUAUGGAGGAGGCUAUGGAACUCCAUACGGAGCAGGAGCUGGACAACUUCCUGGAGCCAAGCCCCUGAAACCUCCAGUUGUGGGAGGAGCAGGCGGUGUGGCUGGAGGAGCAGGUAUUCCUCUUACUGGAGCCGGUGGUGGUGUAGGGGGAUACCCGUAUGGUUAUGGUCAAGGUGGUUAUGGACAGGGACAGGGUGCGAGGUAUCCUGCUGGUGUUGGUCUGGGAACAGGGGCAGGAGCAGGUCAAAAAGCACCCAAACCCCCAGGUUAUGGUAACCUGGGUGCUGGUGGUGCUGGUUAUAAUCCAGGUGCUGGUGCGGUCCCAAAUUACGGAGGUGGCUACCCACAACAACGGGGCUACCCACAGCAAGGUGGCGGCUACCCACAGCAAGCCUACCCGGGAGCAUAUGGAGCAGGCCAGACGGCACCACUGACUCCUCAACAAGCCAAAGCAGCCAAGUAUGGCCCACUCCAGAGCUUCCUUGGUGGAGCAGGAGGAGGAGGCUACAGACCAGGAGGAGUUGCUGCUGGAUGCCAAAGCAAAUACUGUGGAAGGCGGAAGUAGAGGAUGUUCUUGAGAAGAAGUUGAAUUUCAAGAAACAAUGGUGCUACUGCAUUAUCUAGAAUGUAAAUUUUAUAUGCACAAAAUCCCCCAUUACAGUAUGUAAAGAUAUGUUGUACUUUAUUUGAUAUUUUUUAUACAAACCCACCGACCCAGACUUUUGCACACAUUUGAUGUGACUUGGUGUUAUUGAUUGUGCCUUUAUCGUUACAGUGGUCAUGGUGCUCAUCAUCUCUUACUGACAUGCCUGCGAUGCUCCCCAUUUAGUAGCUAUACUCAGUAGUUGUGUGUGCAUGCAUGUGUGUGGGCGUGUUUGUGUGGAUGUUUGCCUAUGUGGCUGUGUGUAUGUGUGCGCUUGCACGUGUUGCCAUAGAUGUGUGCGUGUUUGGGUAGAUAGGAGAAUGUGAAAGAUUCUCCAGCUAUAGAAGCACCAGUUCUGUGACAGUACAUCCCUCUACUGCAGUAUCCCCAAUUGCUUAGUGUCUGUGUGUACCAAAGUUGGAGAUCUUCACAUACUGACACGUCAAACUAAGGGUUGAGCUUCAAGAGGUAUGGUUGGUAAAGUGCUGAUAAACUUUGGCCAUGUAUCAGAACUGCCUCCUCUGGCUUUCUAUCAUCUCUGCUGCUAUUUAUAGCCCUGGGUGAAAUAGCAGUGGCAUAGCGGGUGUGUGUGGGCACAGGUUUCACAGUCCAUCUGCCAUCAGUAACUAUUUUAAGUGCCAUGGUUUAAGUAGCCUAUCUUCAGCCUUCUUACCUUGAUUUCCGCCAAACUUGUGAAGUAUGAAGAGCAGGCUUUGCUCUGAAUGUUGGAAAGCUGAUGACAAUCAAUCCAAAGGUGUUCAAAAGAUUUUUAGGUGAUCUUUAGUGAUAUUCAUAUCAUACAUUGUGUCAGUUUGUACCAAUCAUUUGAAAUGCGGUGUGAUUUGUUUCUUAAAUGAUUUGUAUGUUUUUAGUUUUUAGAGAUGCAGGUUUUACAAAAAUGUAAAAGUAAAAUUCAAAUCCUUUCGAUACUGCUCUGGCAUGUAUUGUACAUUAUGUAUGAAUGACAUGAACAUUUUGUUUUCUUAAUAAUGUAUAAUUUUUCUGGUGUCCAAGAUUAAGUGCCUAGAAUGUUUAACAUAUCUGGAAUCAUUCUAGUUUCACAUGCAGUUAUAGUUAAUUUAUGCAAAUUGCCUCUCAUUAUUCAAAUUUCAAAUAUUUCUGGUCAGAAAAGUCUCCAGAUUUGUGUAAUCUAGAAUAAGGCAACUAACUGUAUGUUGUAGUAAUAGCCCUAGGUUAUCAUGACUCUCACUCUCUUCAGUUCUUGUAGCCUACUCCGUGAUGGUUUUUAUGAACUGUGUGAGCCGCAACUGUCAGGGACCGCUGCCCUGUGCCGUGGGAUAGUAUUCAUCUGAUUUAAACAGAAAAAAAUAAGGAAUUAUGGGGUUUUGUACUUUUUCAUUUUCACAGCACAUUUGACUUGUGCCCAGCAAUACCGACCUUUUAUUUGCUUCAGUAAAAAAACUAAAUAAAAUUGUUUUAAUGAAUACA